ACGUCCCAGUGUCUGUCGGGGAGGCAGUGACAGUAGGCCGAAGUAGGUAAACAAAACACACAGAUGAGAAAACGGUCCAAAACCGGACCCAAACCCGAGCCAGUUUUCUGCCGUAGGAUGUGUAACAUUGUUCUGCAUCGACCGGGACUCGUUGACGGGAACAGUCGGUGGUAAACGGAGGGCGUGCACCUGUUUGAGCUAAAUAGGUUAACGGAGCUAACGUGUGUUAGCUCGUUAGCUAGCUGUCUGGUCGUGCCCCGGUCCGGUGAGCUCCGUCAUGUCGUCCCCGUCCUCCUCCCGCCGCCAGUGGUGCUACCUGUGCGACCUGCCCAAGAUGCCGUGGACCGUGGUGUGGGACUUCAGUGAGGUGGUCUGCCGCGGCUGCGUCAACUACGAGGGGGCGAACCAGAUCGAGUUCCUGAUCGCCAGCGCGCGGCAGCUGAAGCGGAGCCACGGGAUGCAGGACGGGAACGUCCGGUCACCGGGUCCGUCUCCCAACAAGCACGGCACAUCUGGGCGAGGAGAGGCGGCGGCGGCGGACGGGGGCAGGCCGCACUCCGACCGCUUUGAACGGGGAGGGAGAGGAGGCGGAGGGGAGAGCACCAGCUCCACCAUCCGCGUUCCGCCCAACGGGCUGCACCGGGACGGCCAGCCGCCCCAGGAGGGGAACCGGCAGAGUCCCAGCGGCAGCCGGAGACCCAUGCUGGGGGCGGCCAUCCCUCCCAGCCUGGUAACGCAGAGCAUCGCGGGGAUUCCUCACGGGCUGCUGGCGGGGAUGCCCGCGGGUCUCACCGCCCGGACAGCCCCCAUGAGCAGCCCCAUGAUCUUCCCCGCCCCGAUGCUGGCCGAGAUGAGCCGCCGGCAGCUGGGCAUGGGGAUGAGCAUCGCGCCGUUCAUCACCCCGGAGCUGGAGCGGGAACUGAGCUCGUCCCAGAACCAGCCCAAGACUCAGACCCAGGCCCACACGGCCGUGGCCGGCAGCAGUGCCGCCAAAAGCACCGGACUCCCCUCCGCGUCGUCCUCCGUGGCCGGAGCCGUGAGCCAGACCAGCCCCAAGCCCGCGUCCUCUCCGGCCAGGCAGCCGCGGCCCCUGACCUCCAGGUCCGGGGGGGAGCCCCUGGGCUCCGGGGCCUCCGCAGAGGCGGCCACCACAGCCGCGGCGUUACCCCACAGCGGGGCCUCGGAGCUGGGCUCAGCAUCAGCCGGGAACAGCCACUCAGCUGGAAACACGCUGUCCUGCACCUUGUGUCACGAGAGGCUGGAAGACACGCACUUUGUCCAGUGUCCAUCAGUCCCAGGACACAGGUUUUGCUUCCCCUGCACCAGAGUCUACAUCCAGAGCCGACGGGGGGACGGGGAGGUGUACUGCCCCAGCGGAGAGCGUUGUGCGCUGGAUAACUCUCCUAACAGCCCCCCCUGGGCCUUCAUGCAGGGGGAGGUCACGACCAUCCUGGGCACAGCCGGAACUGGAGCUGCGUCGGCUGCCGCACCUGGCCCCAGUCCCGGCUCUGGACCCGGGUCCGCCUCCGGGGCUGGGACCGGGACCGGGACGGGGUCUGGCACUGGAAGUGGGAGUGGAAGCGGAGACGUCGCUGUCAAAAAGGAGAGAGAGACGUGAUUGUGAUUUCCACAGACGGCAACCCAGCAACAGUUGCAUCUUCCACCAGAUGGAGGCGGAUCAGCGGACCACCUCCCUUCAGGAAGAGAAGCAGCACAGCCCCCCAGCGUUCAGAAAACCUGUAGAACCCAGGUGUUCACCCUCCACCUGGACCAACUUUAUCAGAACCGCCGGACCCCUGACGUCGCCCACAUCCACCUGAAUGAAGCUCGGCCGUUGUUUUAACCCAGAUCUUCUCUGUCUGAUGUGACGAGAACGUGAAACGUACCCGAACCCACAACAAGAGGCCGGGUACUGGGUUCACAUGGGCUCAGAUAAGAGUCAGUCCAACAAUUAAACACAUCAGGUGACGUUAAAAGACCUUCAGAGGUUCCAUAAUAACACAGAUGUACCAGGACACGACCAGCACCAACAGAAACACCAGGAACUUCUAGACUAGGGCUGUCAAAGUCAUUUUAGUUCAGGGGCCACAUACAACCCAAUGGGACCAGUAAAAUAAUAAUAUAAUAACCUAGAAAUAAUAAUCCACGUUUUAGUGUGAUAAAAGUAAAAUUAUGUCAUAAAGGUGGGAAUUACCUGAACAACCAAGUACAAGCGGAAGGUUCUUCAGAAAAAUAAGUGCAAUUUCAA